AUGGUGCGGCUUCUCGGGCUGCGGGGCCUCAGCUUCGGGCCUGAGGAGUCGCCGCGAGAGAUCACGGCCGCCGGCGGAGAUGCCGCGCCCCCUGUGGGGAGCAGCGGCUGGCUAGUCCGCUUCUUCGACUCCGCUUUCUUCUGCGAGUGGAUCGCCGUCAGCUACCUCUACAAGCACGACCACGCCGGCGUGCGCGACUACCUCUGCAACCGGAUGUACACGCUCCCGCUCUCGGGCCUCGAGGCCUACCUCUUCCAGGUCUGCUACAUGCUCGUGCACAAGCCCAGCCCCUCCCUCGAUCGCUUCGUCAUUGACACGUGUGCCAAAUCCCUGCGCAUCGCGCUCAAGGUGCAUUGGAUCCUCGCUGCUGAACUUGAGCUAGAGGAAACCGAGGAUCUGGAUGGGAUCGAUAAGGUGCAGGAGCAGUGCCAGGCUGCAGCCACCGUGCAGGGCGAGUGGCCGCCGCUGGUCCGACCUGCGCCGCUGUCCCCUGUUGCCAGCCCACGCAGCAAUCCCAUGCUCAGCAGGAUACGCUCGUCAAAGCAGCGACUGAUGUCCCUUGCGUCGUCGCCCUCUCUUGGUUUGAGCCCCCCUCCCAGCAGCACCAAUGUGUCUGCUGCUGAGGAUGCUGGAGCUGGCAAAGGGAAGCAGCCAGUAACACCAUCUUUGGAGGACAACAAGCUGCUUAGGCGAUUGAGCAUCGGGCCAAAGGCCUUCUUUAGGCGCUCUGUGGAGAAGGACGAGGAACAGGAUAAGGAUGGGUUCUUUAAGAGGUUGCUUAGAGACAGCAAGGACAAGGAGGAGGAUGAUGGAGACAAGGAAGGUUUUAUUAAAAGGUUGCUUAAGGAUAGCAAGGAGAAAGAGAAUGAUGAGGAAGAAGGGGAUAAAGAUGGUCUCUUCCGUAGGUUGCUUAGGGACAGCAAGGACGAGGAUAUGGAGCUCACACCUAGCUCGGAUGGUUUGCUGAAGAGACUCUUCCGUGACAAAGAGGACAGACCGGGCGACGAUGACGAGAAGGAAGGUUUUUUCCGCAGGAUAUUCAAGGAUAAGAAUGAGGAGAGGAGAGAAAGCAUGCAUGGAAGGCUUGGGGAUGAGGAAAGAGUAGGUAAGAGUUUGGAGGAUGAUGAUAGGGAAGGGUUCUUCCGCAAGAUCUUCAAAGAUAAGAAUGAAGAGAAGAAAGAUGGAGGCAGUCAUAAGCAAAAUGAUGAUAGAGAAAAGGUCGGUGUGAACACUGAAGAGGACAGGAAGGAUGGCUUUUUCCGGCAACUUUUCAAGGAGAAAAAUGAUGAGAAAAAGGAAGGCACCACUCCCAGCAGGAAGGAGGACGACAGCAAAGGCAAUAAGAGCAUAGACGACGAUAAUUUCUUUCGCAGAAUUUUCAAGGAUAAGAAUGAAGAAAAGAAGGGAGCUGCCCAUGACAGGAACGAGGAUGAGAAGUGUGAGGAAGGUGAUAAGGAAAAUUUCUUCAGGAAACUAUUCAAGGACAAAGACAAACAUGAGGACAGGAGAAUCGAAGGGCUUGAUAAAAAUGAUGACGAUGGUAAGAGCACCAGUGGUAUUGAGGAAGAGGAAAAUUCAGAGUUCUUGUCAUUCCGCAGGUUGUUUCGAGUGCACCCAGAAGACGCUAAGAGUGGACAUAUAGAAGGUAGUCAGCCUAACGGUAUUUCUGAGGGUAGCCCGGGAUCAGAGAGCUUUUUUAAACGUUUAUUCCGUGAUAGAGAAGAUUCUGAGAUUUUUGGCUCAAAGUUAUUGAAAGAGAAACACCCUGGUUCCACAGGAAACAGUGAGAAACAAAGUGGAAAACCACCUUUACCAAAUAAUGUGCUGGCAGAACUACGGAAAGGCUCUUACUACGCUUCACUGGAGCUAGUUCAAUCAUUAUGUGAUACAUCUUAUGGUCUCGUAGACAUAUUUCCCGUUGAAGAUCGCAAGAUUGCCUUGCGAGAGUCUCUUACAGAGAUCAAUUCACAUAUUGCUUCCAGUGAGAAAAAUGGAGGCGUAUGCUUCCCAAUGGGAAGGGGCAUAUAUCGAGUGGUUCAUAUACCUGAAGACGAGUCUGUUCUUCUAAACUCUAGGGAGAAAGCUCCCUAUCUUAUAUGUGUUGAAGUUUUGAAAGCAGAAACACCAAGUCACUCCAAAGGGUCCUCAGAUGUGAACAAACUAUCAAAAGGCGGGAUACCGUUGGCUAAUGGAGAUGUUCAGUUGCCAAAGCCGCCUCCAUGGGCAUAUCCUUUGUGGAGUCGACAUGAACCACAAAAUUAUGAAACAGACAGAAUGCUGAACUCUACCUCUCAGGUUAUUGACCAAGCCAUGGCUCAACUAUGGGAGGCCAAAGUGAAAUUUGUAAAUGUUAGUUUCUCUAUCGAGAAAAUUGGUCGUUCUAGAAGCAUUGCAAUGUCUGAGUCGGGGCGUAGGAUACGGCAACCUACAACAGAGUCACAUGAUCUAUCAGGAGAUUCCCAGGCUGUUGUUGAUCAGCCAAUUGAGUGGGUAAAGGUCACCCUGUCUGCGGUUCCAGGAGUUAACAUGGAAGAUGUAGAUGACAAUGAACCGACACGGAAGAAGGACCAUCGCCGUGUUCCAAGCACUAUUGCAAUGGAGGAAGUCAAGGUGCAGGCUGCAGCGUUAAAAGGAGAAGCCCCACCUGGUCUUCCACUGAAAGGAGUUGGUCAAAGCACUGAAAAUUUGGAUCCUAUGGCAACUGAUGGCGGAGAUCCUAAACCAACUGAUGCUUUGGCUGGUGAACUUUGGACUGUCAAGAAAGAGAGAAUACGCUGCUCUUCAGUUCAUGGAAAAUUACCUGGCUGGGAUUUGCGUUCUAUUAUUGUCAAGAGUGGGGAUGAUUGCCGACAGGAGCACUUAGCUGUACAGCUUGUCGCACACUUUUAUGAUAUAUACCAAGAAGCUGGCUUACCACUCUGGUUACGGCCUUAUGAAGUUAUCGUUACGUCUGCAUAUGCAGCCCUAAUAGAGACUAUUCCUGAUACGGCAUCAAUUCAUUCCAUCAAGAGUAGGUUUCCCAAUAUCUUAAGUCUUCGUGACUACUAUGUAGCCAAGUAUGAAGAGAAUUCUCCAAAUUUCAAACUUGCACAGAGGAACUUUGUGGAAAGCAUGGCAGGAUAUUCAAUUCUGAGCUACCUGCUGCAGGUCAAGGAUCGUCAUAAUGGGAAUCUCUUGAUAGACGAGGAGGGACAUAUUAUUCAUAUUGAUUUUGGUUUCAUGCUUUCCAACUCUCCUGGAGGGGUAAAUUUUGAGAGUGCACCAUUUAAGCUGACGAGGGAGCUCCUUGAAGUGAUGGAUUCUGAUGCUGAGGGAACUCCCAGCGAGUUCUUCGACUAUUUCAAGGUGCUAUGCAUUCAAGGGUUUCUUACUUGUCGGAAGCAUGCAGAGCGUGUUAUACUUCUUGUGGAAAUGUUGCAGGAUUCUGGCUUCCCGUGCUUUAAAGGUGGUACUCGCACUAUACUGAACUUGAGGAAGAGGUUCCACUUGAGUCUCACUGAAGAGCAAUGUGUAUCGCUGGUGCUCUCAUUGAUCAGUAGCAGCAUGGAUGCCUGGCGUACUCGGCAGUAUGAUUACUACCAGAGAGUAUUGAAUGGGAUUUUAUGA